GACUGAGCAUCCAGGACCGGACAGGCCGGGCCGGGGGGCGGCGGCGAAAGGCAGAGCGCCGCGAUCUCUGUCAGGAAGCGCAACCUCCCCGGGCCCCGCGGGGCCGCGCAGGGGGCGUUCUCAAUCCCGCGCCCGCUCCCUCUUUCCAUCCCCUGCCGCCCGCAGGCCACCCCGGGGCCCGGCUAUCCGCGCGCGCGUCCUCGGGCUCGGGCCCGUCCCCGGCCCUCGAGGGAGCCGCCGCCUUCAUCGACACCUCUGCAGCGGCCGCGCCAAAGGCCGCCCGGGCGGGACCCCGGAGUGAGCAUCGAGCGCCCCCCAAGGAGUGCACGACCCCCGGAGCCGCCCUCAACACGGACCGCGCCCGCCGGGCACACAAGAAUGGUCACUCCCAUGUCAGACAUGACUGAUGCAUCACCACUGAUCCCUGGUGUGGGGACUGGGCCGUGAGCGGGUGUGGCCUGUUAUCUCCAGCAGAUACUCGGGGCCAUGGAGUCUCAGGUGGCGGGGGGCCCGGCCGGCCCGGCCCUGCCCAACGGGCCACUCCUUGGUACAAAUGGAGCCACUGAUGACAGCAAGACCAACCUCAUUGUCAACUACCUGCCCCAGAACAUGACCCAGGACGAGUUCAAGAGUCUCUUCGGCAGCAUUGGUGACAUCGAAUCGUGCAAGUUGGUUCGGGAUAAGAUCACAGGGCAGAGCCUCGGUUAUGGGUUUGUGAACUACUCUGAUCCCAACGAUGCAGACAAAGCCAUCAACACCCUCAACGGCCUCAAACUGCAGACGAAGACCAUCAAGGUGUCUUAUGCCAGACCCAGCUCUGCAUCCAUCCGAGAUGCUAACCUGUACGUCAGUGGACUCCCCAAGACCAUGAGCCAGAAAGAAAUGGAGCAGCUCUUCUCCCAGUAUGGCCGUAUCAUCACUUCUCGAAUCCUGGUGGACCAGGUCACAGGUGUCUCUCGGGGUGUGGGGUUCAUCCGCUUCGACAAGAGGAUUGAGGCCGAGGAGGCCAUCAAAGGACUGAACGGGCAGAAGCCGCUGGGCGCGGCGGAGCCCAUCACGGUCAAGUUCGCCAACAACCCGAGUCAGAAGACUGGACAGGCCCUGCUCACUCACCUCUACCAGUCAUCAGCCCGGCGCUACGCAGGCCCCCUGCACCAUCAGACGCAGCGCUUCCGGCUGGAUAAUUUGCUCAACAUGGCCUACGGAGUCAAGAGUCCCCUGUCGCUCAUCGCCAGGUUCUCGCCCAUCGCCAUCGACGGCAUGAGUGGCCUCGCGGGUGUGGGCCUUUCGGGGGGCGCGGCGGGCGCUGGCUGGUGUAUCUUCGUGUACAACCUGUCACCGGAGGCAGACGAGAGUGUGCUGUGGCAGCUGUUUGGGCCCUUCGGGGCCGUCACCAACGUCAAGGUCAUCCGCGACUUCACCACCAACAAGUGCAAGGGCUUCGGCUUCGUCACUAUGACCAACUACGACGAAGCGGCCAUGGCCAUCGCCAGCCUCAAUGGCUACCGCCUGGGCGAGCGCGUGCUGCAGGUGUCCUUCAAGACCAGCAAACAGCACAAGGCCUGAGCCACCGCCGCCCGCCCUCCCCACCCUCCCCGGGCAGCAGAGAGAGAGAGAAAGAGAGAGAGAGAGGGGCCCCGAGAGAGACAGCGCAGGCAGACCACCGACGGCACACGGGCCCCGCAUCCCUGCGGAAGCCACAGGGUGAGCACUCGGGGUGGGAGAGUCUGCAGGGGAUGGGGGGGUGCCUGGGGGUCCCCUCCCCGUCCUCCUGCCCCCACCCCAGGCUGGGCUGUUCACUCUCUCGUCUUGGUUUUGUUCAUGGCGAUGGUUUUUGUUUCUUUUUUCGGCUAAAAAGAAAGCAGAGAUGUGCCCCCACCCCGCCUUCAACCACCCUCCACGGGAUGGCUUUGCAGGGGCGCUGGGGGUGCCCCCCAGACCCCCUUGCCCAGGCCUCCCCAACACCUAGAUGAGCCUGAGGGGAGGGGGGAACAGGUUUAAAAAUCCCCAAAAAAGCGAAACGGAGGAGGGGUGUGGGCAUCCCUGGCCCAGAGCCCCCUGGUUGGAGUAUGAGGAGCAGGGGGAGGGGCUGGAAACAGAAACAAAAUGAAAAAAAAAGGGGGGGGUGGGAGGGGAAGAAAAACUCUAUUUUUGUAAAAAGGGAAAAAAGACCUCGUGGAGAAUUUUUACUGGGGAUUCUUGAACUUGAAAAAAAAAAACACACAAAAAAAGACAAAAAAAAAAAAAAAGAAAAUAUUUUGGCAGGUUAUGUUUACCAACUGGGGCAGGGGCAGGGAGCAGGGCUUGGGGCCCGGGGGUCCACGGGGCCGCACAGAGAAACACAGCCACGCAAAGACAUGCGGGGGCACACGCACACACACAUCCCGCAGGGACACACGGAAGCACUGACAGACCCAGAGACGCGCCCCGGACACCUUCCAGGAGCUCGCUGGCCAGAUUCAGACACGCAGACAGACAUAUGGAUAAUCACGGGAGACCGAAGUAUGUAUGGGGCUAUGUAGACGAGGCCGCGGGCAAACACUGACGCGGGCAAAUGGAGCCACAGGUGGGUGCGGGGUACACACAUUUCCACGUGGACACGGGAAAGUAGAGACAGAUACAUUCGGACACACCAGUCGAGACACGCCAUCACGGAGAAACAGACACAACACCCAGGAGACACACACGCACAAAGCCUCCCUCAGGCCCAGGCGAGAGGUCGUAGCCCAGAUCCUGGCCCAGUCCGCUUCCUCCAGCUAGGCCGCCGGGCCUCCUCCGGACACGUGGCCCCACUCGCCCCAGGUUCUCUGCAGAGCUCUCUCCUGGCUCAUCGGUGGUCCCUGCGGCCCACGAACACAGGCGUGCACACACAGCAUCCAUGCAUCCAAACACACGAUACCUCGUUUCACUUUUGGCGUCAUGGCGGGCUGGAGGCAGCCCCCCCCCCCCAACACUUGAGGCCAAAGGACCCCCUGUCCCCGGGGCUGAACCUCCCUGGGCCGAGACCCUGGCCCAGAGGCAGAGGGGGGAGGCUGGGCCCUGAGCCUUCCCCCUCCCCCAGGGGCCUCCCCAGCAGGAAGUACCCGCUGUUCCCUCCAGUCCCCCUCCCCCCAGCCCCGAAUUCCCUUCCCACCCACUUGUCACCCCCUUUCAGUUUGUUGGGUUUUUCCGUCUUUCCAAAUUCCCGAGGGCGGUGGACGCAGCCCCCAUCCCAAGCCCCGGUCCCCCACCGGCUUCUGUCUGGAUUUUCCAUUCUCCUAGUUUUCAUUCUUUGUAAGAAAAAAAAAAAAAAAAAUUCCAACAGAAGCCAGAGGCCGGAGCCCCUGGGAGCC